AUGGGGAGUGUAAUUGGGUCACUUUCUUCAGGAUUUGUAGAAGUUGUUGGCAAUCUGUUUGGUCACCCACUUGAUUUUCUUGCAGGAAAGUCUUGCAGUUCAACAUGUGGUUCAACAUGGGAUUUCAUCUGUUACAUCGAAAAUUUCUGUAUUGCCCAUCUGCUGAAGUUGGCUAUUGUAGCAGCUCUGUUCUACCUUGUCCUCUUGUUCUUUUAUCUCUCACACAAAUUGGGCAUCUGCGAAUGCAUUUGUACAACUCUCUGCAAAAUUACAUGGGCCUGCUUUGCCACCUGUUUCUCUGUGUUGGAGUAUAGCUGCACUUUCUUAUGUUAUAAGCUUCCUAUGCUCAAGAGAAAACAUAGAGACCACAAGAGAGAGAUGGUCAUGGAGUUAUACCCAAUGACUUGUGAAGAAGAAGAGCCUAAGCACAGAAAGGAGAGAAGAUCAUUAUCGUCUCGACGAUGGAGGGACUAUAGAGGAGAUCACUUGAGGAGAUCUUUGAGGCCUCGGAGUCACCGGAUUAGGGUUGGGAUUAGUGGGGAUUCAGCUUAUGGGAAUAGGAGAAACCCCAUUAAGCAUGGUGGUCAUGCUACCACAGUUCAUGACAUUAGAGUGAGUCGAACCUCGAAAUUUGUGCAGAAAGGUGGUAAUUACAAGGGUGCAAUACAUAGAAGAAGAAGAUGA